AUGGGCUACACCUACUCCUACCUCUCGGGGUUGCUCCUGACCGUGGCCACCACGUACGGCCUGUACCUCCUCCUCACAGGCCAGGGUGAGCGCUUCAACCCCGGGCAGUUCCUCGCCGAGUCGAGCCCUCUCGCUUGGGCAGCCACAGGCAUCGGACUGUGUAUCGGCCUCAGCGUGUUUGGUGCUGGAUGGGGUAUUUACAUUACUGGCGCGAGUAUUCUUGGCGGUGGUGUGCGUGCACCUCGCAUUAGGACGAAGAACCUCAUCUCCAUUAUCUUCUGCGAGGUCGUCGCCAUCUACGGCGUCAUCAUGGCCAUCGUCUUCUCCUCCCGCCUCAACAGCGACAUCAAGGACAUCCACACGUCGAGCAACUACUACACGGGCUUCUCCUUGUUCUGGGGCGGCCUCAUUGUCGGCCUGUGCAACCUGUUCUGCGGCGUCUCAGUGGGCAUCACAGGCUCCACAGCCGCUAUCGCGGAUGCCACCGAUGCCCAGCUCUUCGUCAAGAUCCUCGUCAUCGAGAUCUUCGGCUCCGUCCUCGGUCUCUUCGGCCUCAUCGUCGGCCUGCUUGUCUCGGGCAAGGCUGAGGAGUUUGCGUAAAAAUAGAAGAACAUGCAUUAUCAUCAAGUAGACGUCUAGAGGUAUUUUCGUGCCG